CUUGACGUGGCAACCUCUCGUUGGUUGCCCCUGCGGCGAGUGCGGCACGGUUACCCAUCGCAUUAAAUGCGAUGGGUAUAUAUAUCCGAAGAGAAAGGUGAGAGAUUCACUUUCUCUUCGUUUCUUCUCCCUUUUUCUCUUUGAGUCUUCAUAUUGUUCUUCAUCUUCUUCAAACUUUCUUCAAAUCUUCAAACUUUCUUCAAGUUUUUUCCAGCUUUUUCUUGAAAUAUGAGCGAAGAACAUCAAGAAGCUCCUGCUAGUGAGGAGGGGCCAGUCCCAGUCCUGAGAUGGGACUUAGGUUUAUUCGAACAGAUCGUUCGAAGUUUUAGGUUUCCACCGGAGUGGGAUGCCCGGUACCCUGCUCAGGGUCAGACCGCGGCUGAUGCCCCACCCGGUUACAUUACUUUGUUCGAAGACUUCUUCCUUCAAGGAAACUUCCGGCUGCCGGCGACUAACUUCUUUGGUAGCAUAUUGUCCUACUACAAGUUUCAUAUCUCACAGUUAAGCCCACCUGGGAUGGUGAGGGUGAGGCACUUUGAGUUCUUGUGUCAAUCUCACGGCAUUGAACCGACGGUGAAUAAGUUUCGUGUCUUCUAUCAACUGCAAAGAACAAUGGGGUUCUUUUCUUUUGCUAGCCGUGGUACGGCUAAGAAGAUUUUGUUGAAUCCUCCCAAGAGUUUCCAUGACUGGAAACCCAAGUUCUUCUUCAUCCGGGAGGAAGUCUUGCCAAUAGCUAUGCCGUUUAGGGAAUGGACCGAGGUUAUACCAAAGGAGGACCUUCCUAUACCGAAGUCUGCUCAGUGGUAUCAGCAGCUUACCGCAACCCCUAACCGGGUAUUUGGGGAGAAUGUUCUGGUUGCUGCCAAGAUGAGUGACCAGUGGUCACCUAGUAGCAGGGAACUCCCGGUCUUGAAGAUCGGGGAUCAAGAGACGCAACUCUAUCAGGCUGCCUUCCCAGCCUUUGGUGGCUCCAUGGGCGUUCGCCCUCUGCGCGAUGAUGAGGAAGGCUGGUAUGACCAGAUAAAGGGGAACUUCAUGUUUCCUGCUGCUGACGCCUUCGCCUCGCCGCCGGAUGCAACUGAAGGUGUGUUGCGCGAUCUGGGGGUUGACCCAGAGGAGAAGAAGAAGAAACCUUCGAAGAAGAAAAAGAAGGCGGAUGUUGAAGUGACCAGCAAGGGUCCUGGCGCCAGUCGCGCAACUACUGCUGCUGUCAAAGCUAUGGGAAAGACUGGCGCUGGUGGGUCAAAGGGCUCUGGGAGCGCGGGUUCUCGUAACCCGGAUGCUGACGCAACGCCAUCUCAACCUGAGGAUGAAGAAGAAGAGGAAGAAGAGACUGCCCCGUUGAUUGGAAGAAAGAGGGGUAGAAGCGAGGCGACAACUGGUAUGGCCUCUGCGCCUGUUUCAGUUGUUAUUCCCGUUGUUGGGAAGAAGAGCAAGUUGCGCUCGUUAUACCAGUUUUCUCCUGAGAUCAAGAAGAAGACCCCUGAAAAGGGGGUUAAGUUUGUUGAACCCAGCACGAAAAGACCUAAGGUUGCCACUGAACCUUCCGAUUCUGCUGCGCGUGAUGCUGCGAAAACUGCUGAAGCGCAGCGAAAGGCAGAAGAGGAUCGGAGGAAAGAAGAGAGUAGGAUUGCUGCGCAGAAGAAGGCUGAAGAGCUAAAGCGCAAAGAAGAGGAAGAGAAAAAGAGGAAGGAGGAGGAGGAGAGAAAGCUGGAGGCGGAGAGGAAGAGGAAAGCGGAAGAGGAGAGAAAGCUGAGGGAGGAGGCGGAUAGGCAGAGGAAGGCGGAAGAGGCGAGGAAAGAAAGAGCUGCCGAUCAGUCUUCUGUUCAAGGGCAGUCUGGUGUCCCAAAACCUCCCCCUGCUGCGCCGAUUGUUACUUCUAAGGGGUUAGGGCGCUAUGUGUCUAGUGGUGCAAGCUCUGGAGGAGCUGGGGGCUAUAACCCCAAUGUGAUAGGUGCGAAGGAUACCGUCGGGGACAUAUAUUAUAAAACUUAUACUGAAGAGGAACGUGGUGAUGCUCCUCAUCAAGCCCCUUGGAGCUUAAGGCAGAAGGAUACGUUUGUUGAAUUUGGUCCUUCUCGCGAUUGGUACUUGAACCAAUUCACUCCUGGCGAAGUUAACCGUCAAAAGGCGAAGCCGCAUGAAAUGUUGUACCGCACUUACAUUCUUGCCGAGGCCAACGCUCGAUCUGCUAACCAUCAGAUAGUUCGUGAAUGGCGAACAAUGGUCAGAGAGCGCGCCGACUGGGAGGCUUACCGAGAACGUGUGCUAAAACGUGUUGGUGAAUUUGAGAAGGCUAAGGCCACAUUUGAUGAGGAGAAAGCCAAGUUUGAGGCUGAUAGGAAAGCUGAAGAGUGGGGUCGCGAGGGCCUGCAAAAGAAACUUCAUAAUGUGGAAGAGCAACUGGCCAAGGAGAAGGCCGAGUUCAAGCGCAUCUGCGCCCAGGACAACGAGCGCGCCUAUGCGGCUCGACAAAAAAAUGUUGGUCUUGAGGCUAAGAUAGCGGAGCUGACAUCGAAGGUGGAGGAAGCGCAGGUUGAGACAGCCGCUAAACAACAGAUGGAGGUUGAGUUGUCUGAAGCUAAGGUUCAGCUGUCCACCAAGGACAAAGAUCUCCAGGCCAAGGACGUUGAGAUUGCGGAGCUCAAACGUCGCUUGGAUGAACAAAUCGACAGAUGUGAGUCCCUGGAGAUCGACCUUGAGGCAGAGAAGGUCAAGGCCAUCGAUGCUGAGGAGGCGCGUGCUGUCAGCACUGCGGCGCUUAACGUGGCUCAGACAAAUUAUUCUGAGGCCCAAGGCAUUGUGGACACGCUUGUUUCUGAAGCAGAAUGGAUGCGCACUCGGGGAAUAGUGCUGGUUGCCAAUUCCAUCUUGAACGCCGGCGAGCUAGAUCGCGCUGUUGCUGCUCUUACGGAUGCGGCGCGUGCAGUUGGUCAUCGGGGAGGUUACCUGGAGUGUGCUGAUCACGUUGAGCGAAUGCUGGGACAAGAAUUCGAUACAAGUCAUUGCUCAGUGACGGAACAAGCUGAUGCUGCGCUGGCCAGUGCUGAGAAUUCAUAUGACAACCUCUCCUUGCCCAUCAUGGACUUGGUUGUUAGUGCCUUAAAAAAGGAUGAUUGGUGUCAGCGCCUCAAGGCGAUCCUUGAUCCACCGAUUACUGUUGAAUCAUCUGAUGAGGAAGCAGCUGGUGAUGAUGGCGGAGGUGAUGACGAUGGCGACGAUGGUGAGGGGAACGAAGAUGAUGAUGGUGAGAAGAAAGAAGACAAGUAG